AGGCUUACUGGAAGGCGGAGGCGGAGUCUCCUCAAAGUUAUAAUGUCUACUCUCCUCCUCCUGCUUCGCUAGUAACUCUCAGCUCCGCAGGGAUACACACCGAGAAAACUACUUUAUAAGUCUGAAGUUUGUUGCCAAAGAACUUCGAAACAUUUGUGUCAUCCUGACAGACGCUGGACUGUGAACAGACAUUUAUUCAGCGACUCACACUUGGAUUUAUUUUAAACGAGCGAGUUUGGAAAAACCAUUCAAGGUAUUUCAGACAGACUGACCUCUUCAUGCCCUCGAAGACAACCCUUUGAACCUCUCUUUGACCCCACCUCUUCUCUUGUCUGUGUGGCGCCCAGUGCUCCCCAGGCUAUCUAGAGAGCGGGCACAGCGCCAUGGUAACUUACAGCAAGUUUGACUCCGCAAUGAGCAGCAGCGUCUUGGACUCCAGUAUGCUGCUGCCUCAGCGUUACAAGACUUUCACCUCCAAAACGCAGUACCAGAUGGUCCUUGCCACGCUACACAAGCUCCAGGAGAGUGGCUUCUACUGGGGCGCCAUCACUGGGAAGGAGGCCAACGCCAUGCUGGCAAACGAGACCACCGGCACGUUUCUCAUCAGGGACAGCUCCGACAACCGACACUUGUUCGCCCUCAGCGUGAAGACGGCGUCAGGCACCAAGAACCUGCGUAUCCAAUGUGACACUUCCUCUUUUUACUUGCAAACAGACCCUAAGAAUAUUCAAUCUGUUCCCCAUUUUGACUGCAUCCUCAAGCUGGUCCAUUUCUACAUGCCUCAGAGCAAAGGGAACACUCGCAGUGGGAAUACCUACUACAUUUACUCUGGAGGGGAGAAGAUCCCUCUGGAGCUCAUCAAACCUCUCCCCUGUAUCUUAUCCACCUUGCAGCACUUGUGCAGAAAAACAGUCAAUGGACAUUUGGACAUUUCUUCUCAAAGAGACCAACUUCCUCAUCCUCUGAAGGAGUUUCUCCAGGAGUAUGACGCUCCUAUCUAAAGGUGUUGGACUGAUGCUCUUGAAGGGGCAAAGACAUGAAAGAAACGGGAUGGUUUCAGCUCGGCUAUGUGCGAAGGAACUUGCUGUAUCUAAGGAGUAACGAUGAAGCAGAGUCAAAAGAGUCAAGCCCGAGAUCGUGCUUGUGUAAAGGAGAAGUUUAUCGUACUGACAAGAUGUGUGAAGGUCUCACAGAAAAGUGGGCAUCAGUCUCUUAAGCCCUACAUGGACUAAUCCACUAACAGGGCCAAGAGAAAGCGAACACUGCUGUUAUCUGGUGGUAUGAAAGAGACAGAACCUCCUCUGCCUCACUGAUGACAUACAACUUACUGAAAACUGAAGAUGUCUACAGUCUGAUGACACACAGGUUCCCUCUGCUGCUGCUGCUGCUGCUGCCAACCAAAUGUGCUGUGAGGCUGUCGAGCUCGCACACAUCAGCCUCAGAAAAUCAUCCAUCCUUUAAAGCUGGAUCGGCUUUUACGGUCAGGCUGGCUUUUUUUUGUCAACCUCGGGUGAUAAUCAUGGACAUAUUAGAGACGUCCGCCCAGCAUCCUGGGAUCUCUGACCACGCUGGAAAUUCACAGACAAUGGAAACUUAGAGUAAAAAUGAGUGGACACUGAUGGCCUUCUGGGUGUAUAUAAGCACCAGCCACGAUGGGAAAACAAAUCUGAAUCUUAUAAGAUUUUUUAAGACAGUUAAAUGUAGAAAGAAGAUGUAGUCCUCAUAUUUUAUUUAGAGGAAGGGUUUUCGCCAAACUUGCCUGAACAUGACUGAAUCCUAGAGGAUCUUACUUGAGAGAACAGUACCACUGCUUAAUAUGGCUUCAGGGGUGAGGAAAAGAUGUGGUAGUACUUGUGGCACAGACAGGAUUGCCAUUGCUUGCAAAUGAAUGUAUUAAACACGGUAUCUGUCUUUUCCCAAUAAGGAGAAGAGUCAACAUGUAUCUUAUUUUCAUGAGUUUACAUGAGUGAAGAUGUUUUUAUGAUGUCUUUUAUAAAGAUGUACUUUUGCCAGCCAAACCACUGGCUGUGAAUGCUUGAAGACAUUUGUUUUUUAACGAAGCAAGCAGACUGAUACAACUUCUCACUUAUUUAUAUUUGUAUGAUUACAUUUCAUUAAUUUAUAAUAAAAGAGCACUAUUUUUCUAUGAAAUGAGA